AUGGGCCGAGCAGAUGGUGUGAAUACCCAUGUUGGCGAACUCCUGGCGUACAACUGCCUGGUUCAGGGAAACAGUGACUGCAGGCGCAUUGGAGGGGCUGGAGUCGAAGGCAGCCGGAUAGGCGGCCUUGAUCUCACAAUGGACAAUCCUGCAAGCAGCAGCAGCAGCAGCAGCAACAAGCAGCAGCAGCAGCAGCAGCAAGCAGCAGCAGCAGGAGCAGCAAGCAGCAGCAGCAACAGCAGCAGCAACAGGAGCAGCAACAGCAGCAGCAAGCAGCAGCAGCAAGCAGCAGCAUGGCAGCAGCAAGCAGCAGCGGCAGCAAGCAGCGGCAGCAAGCAGCAGCAGCAAGCAGGUGCAGCAGCAGCGGCAAGUGGCAGCAGCAACCAUCAGCAGCAGCAGCAAGCAGCAGCUGUAGCAAACAGCGGCAGCAGCAAGCAGCGGCAGCAGCAGCAGCAGCAGCAUGCAGCAGCAGCAGCAAGCAGCAGCAAUCAGCAAGCUGCAGCAGGAGAAGCAAGCAGCAGCAGCAAUCAGCAAGCUGCAGCAGGAGAAGCAAGCAGCAGCAGCAGCAGCAAGCAUCAGCAGCAGCAGCAAGCAGCAGCAGUAGCAAACAGCGGCGGCACAAGCAGCAGCAGCAGCAGGACCAGGAAGCUGCAACAGCAGCAGCAGCAGCAAGCCGCAGCAGCAAGCAGCCGCAAGCAGCUCAAGGAGCAGCAGCAGCAAGCAUCAGCAGCAGCAAGCAGCGGCAGCAGCAAGCAGCAGCGGCACAAGCAGCAGCAGGAGCAGCAAGCAGCAAGCAGCAGCAGCAGCAGCAAGCAGCAGCAGCAGCAGCGGGCAGCUGCAGCAAGCAGGACCAGCAGCAAGCAGCAGCAGCAACAGCACCAAGCAGCAGCAGCAAGCAGCCGCAGGAAAACAGCGGCAGCAAGCACCAGCAGCAGCAAGCAGCAGCAGCAGCAAGCAGCAGCAGCAAGGAGCGGCGGCAGCAAGCUGCAGCAGGAGAAGCAAGCAGCAGCAGCAGCAAGCAACAGCAGCAGCAGGAAGCAGCAGCAGGAGCAGCAAGCAGCAGCACAGCAGCAAGCAGCAGCAGCAAGCAGGACCAGCAGCAAGCAGCAGCAGCAGCAGCAAGCAGCAGGAACAGCAAGCAGUAGCAGCAAGCAGCAGCAUGCAGGAGGCGGAAGCAGCAGCGGGCAGCAGCAGCAAGCUGCAGCAAGCAGGACCAGCAGCAAGCAGCAGCAAGCAGCAGCAGGAGCUGCAGCAAGCAGCAGCAGUACCAGCAACAGCAAGCAGCUGCAGCAGCAGCAAGCAGCAGCAGCAGCCGGCAGCAGCAGCGGGCAGAGCAGGAAGCUGCAGCAGGAGCAGCAAGCAGCAGCAGCAAGCAGCAAGCAGCAGCAGCAAGCAGGACCAGCGGCAACAGCAAGCAGCAGCAGCAGCAGGACCAGGAAGCUGCAACAGCAGCAGCAGCAGCAAGCCGCAGCAGCAAGCAGCCGGAAGCAGCUCAAGGAGCAGCAGCAGCAAGCAUCAGCAGCAGCAAGCAGCGGCAGCAGCAAGCAGCAGCGGCAGCAACAAGCAGCAGCGGCAGCAAGCACCAGCAGCAGCAAGCUGCAGCAGCGGCAAGCAGCAGCAGCAAGGCGCGACGGCAACAAGCAGCAGCAGCAGCAGCAGCAACAGCAAGCAGCAGUAGCAAGCAGGAGCAGCAAGAAGCAACAGCAGCAGCAGCAGCAAGCAGCAGCAACAGCAAGCAGCUGCAGCAAGCAGCAGCAUCAGCAGCAGCAAGCAGCAGCAGCUGCAAGCAGCAGCAGCAGCCAGCAGCAGCAACAGCAAUCAGCAGCAAGGAGCAGCAGCAGCAAGCAGCAGCAGCAAGCAGCGGCAGCAGCAAGCAACAGCGGCAGCAAGCAGCACAAGCAGCAGCAGGAGCAGCAAGCAGCAAGCAGCAGCAGCAGCAGCAGCGGGCAGCAGCAGCAAGCAGGACCAGCAGGAAGCAGCAGUAGCCAGCAGCAGCAACAGCACCAAGCAGCAGCAGCAAGCAGCAGCAGGAAAAGGAAGCAGCAGCAGGAGCAGCAAGCAGCAGCGGGCAGUAGCAGCAGCCGGCAGCAGCAGCAGCCGCAAGCAGGACCAGCAGCAAGCAGCAGCAGCAGCACAGCAGGAAGCAGGACCAGCAGCAAGCAGCAGCAACAGCACCAAGCAGCAGCAGCAUGCAGCAGCAGGAGUAGCAAGCAGCAGAAGCAGCAGCAGCAACAGCAGCAGCAGCAACAGCAGCAGCAGCAGCGGGCAGUAGCAGCAGCGGCAGCAGGAAGCAGGACCAGCAGCAAGCAGCAGCAACAGCACCAAGCAGCAGCAGCAUGCAGCAGCAGGAGUAGCAAGCAGCAGAAGCAGCAGCAGCAACAGCAGCAGCAGCAACAGCAGCAGCAGCAGCGGGCAAGCAGCAGCAGCACAAGCAGCAGCAGCAGCAGCAGC